CCCCAUCAUUACACGACGUCUACCCACUCCCUCCUUUUUAUCUUCCCAACGGCCAUAUACUCCACCUUCUAGAUUCCUCACUACCGGCGAAUUGUGCAUUCAUUUUCCGGCAUCUCCGUCAUCACCUUUUCAUUUGACCGAAAGUCUUUAACAGUUUACGGUUGCCUUCUGUAAUUGCAUUACAAUUGGAAUUUACCGGAUUACACUUCCAGAACUGUCCAUUCUGAAUUCCUCCUGCACAGCGAUCCAAGCAAAGAUUAACGAGCACUUCUGCCAAUGGAACGAAAAAGAAAGAAAAUCAAUGUUGGGAUUGAGCAUUGGAGCAAGACUUCAUGUAUGGAACCUCAGCCAGUAGGGAAGCACAAGAAAAGUAACAAUUCGGAAUCCGAAAGGAGUCCUCUAGUUAUUGGAGACUACCGUUUCCGGAACAAGUUGCGGGCUAACGUUGUUUGCUCUGUUAUUAGUAGUAGUAGACCACACCGGAUAGCUUCCAGGGGAUGCACUAGUGAAGAAGAAAAAGAAACUUGUGCACGAAAACUUGAACAUGGCGGAGAAGCUGUUAAAACUUGGAUUGAUGAUGGUGGAAAGUCUCCUGAAUUCACCAAGAAAUCAUUGUCCCCUCUUCAAGAUGUAACCAACACUGAAUCUUGCAAAGUGGAAAGUUGUUUGAAUCCGAAGCCGAUUCUUACACAGAAACGUACUAAUGAAGAUGUCGAAAAUGAACGGAUGGUUGUGAGGAAGAGUGAGAAUGUUGCUGCAGCCUCUAAAGCUUCAACUUCCGGACAGAGAUUAGAGGACCAAGAUAGGUGGAUACGAGAUCGAAAGCGAGUACAGAGUAUACUUGGUGCUUUUCGUGAGUACAAUGACAUGUUGUUGGAGGAACAUGAAAAGAAUAGAGGCUGUAAAAGGGUUGACUUUGAAGCAGCAAAUUGGGUGAGAAGAAAAUAUCUUCUUCCUGACAAAGCUGUGUUAGGACCAAUUCCCGGCGUCGAGGUUGGUGAUCGGUUUAGUUACAGGAUGGAACUUCAUCUUUUAGGUUUGCAUAGACCUCCAGUGUGGGGCAUUGAUUUCAUGUUGGACAACAAAGGGAGAAAGAUUGCAAUAAGCAUAGUUGAUUCCGGAGUGUAUGAUAACUGCAUGAGCAGUCCAGAAACCUUGAUCUACUGCGGACAUGGGGGAAAUCCAAGGUGUAGAAAUGGCAAUCAACCAGACUUAGCGGAAGAUCAAAAGCUUAAGAUGGGGAAUUCUGCACUCAUGAAUAGCAUCCAAACUAAGAAUCCUGUGAGGGUGAUAAGGGGAACCAAAGUGUUAAACUCUCGUAGUUUCUUUUAUGUUGGACUUUACACUGUAGAGACAAUGUGGAGAGAGAAGAAUUCAAAAGGAAACUUGAUCUUCAAGUUCAAAUUGGUGAGAAUGCCAGGACAACCAAGUCCAUUUCCUCGGAGAAAUCCCAAAGUUCAAUAGAGGAGUAGCAAGAUGGGUGCCAGCAUAUUCAACUGAAGCUUGCUCAGCUAAGAGUGUUAGUAACCUCUGCCUAAGCAAAGGUUGUAGAUUGAAUUUGAAAAUCAAUGGCACUUAUAUCAUGAAGGUAUAUGUUUAGAGAGUUUGCUUUAGACAGGAUAUGUGCUGUGAUUUAGUCUUUUUUUUUUUGGUUCUAGGGAAAGUUGGUUAGCUUAGUACUAAAAAGAUUUCAUUUUCCAAACUGGGGAGAACCCUUUAGAAGUAUGAACAUGGUCUCUAAAUCAAUAAAACUCUGUUUUCUUUGACAACACAAAACGGAACCUUAGUUUGAUAAUGAAUUGGUUCUGUUCCUGAUCUCAGUUGAGAACAUAUCAAAGAC